AUGAGGAAAAUCACAUAAUUUGAUUAAUUUUAAUAGAAUCAAUAAAUAAUCAUUAGUUUAUAGAGAUCAAUUUAAAACAGAAUCCUAUUAUUUGGUAUUAAUUAUAAUUUUUUUUAGAAUUAUCACUGCGCAGCCGACUUAUGAAGGCAUAAAAAAAUAAGAUCUUAACGAAUCUCUUCCUUAUAAUGUCUUAUGAUACACAGAGGGUUUCAUAUUCUUUGGAUUUUUUUGAUAAAAUGUUCAUUAGAUGA